GACGGAUACCACCCACACCACAUCACCUGCGGCCCAGAUCACCAAGCUCGCAAGUAGUACAUCUCAGUUGUUGUUUCCACUUCCCUUUUCACCUCCCUCCUUUUGUCUAUUGACCGCUCGCUCAAACCAGCUGCCUUUCCGCUCUCUUUUUUCCUGUAUACCCGCUGUGGCCUGCACUGCCACAAACCCGGCCCUCCAUUACCCGCCGAACCCGUUCCUCUGGGCGACACCUUAUGAUGGCAAGCUGAAAGAUACCUCUUGCUCUUCUCCGACAAGGCAAACGCAGGUGUGUGCUGGUGAGGACAACAGCUACUUGUCGUCAAGUCGCACGCUGCACGGUCCUCUUCGAUCCUUCCCUUCCAGGCCGUCAUUGUGUGCGGCAAGUGAGUCUGGGCCCGAGCGGCAGGUGCAAGUUCCAUAAGGCUAAACACCGACAACACUGUCAACAUGGGCCGCCUUCGCAACCUGUCCGAGAGCUUCAAGGCUGCGGCGUUCAGCAAUUCGACCCUCUCGAUCCCUUCGCUCUCAAAGUCGUCCUCCCCCGGCCAGACACAAAUCGUCGACAAGGACUUACCGUCACCGGCACGCUUCCAGGACUCCCCAACCCCCACCGAAACCCCUCGAACGACCCCUCGGACAGACCGGGUUGCGUCCCGUCCGGCAUCCAUGGUAUAUACGCCUCCGUCAAUGGAGUUUGAAAGAGAAAAUCACAUUGAGGAGUUGAAACCAGUGUUCAGUUUCCUCUCAAGUCACGGCAACAAGCUGUAUCAAGAAGGAUACUUUCUAAAAUUGAACGAUCUUGACACUCACGGACGACCCAAUGCGGAUCGCAACUGGACUGAAUGUUUCGCUCAACUGGUGGGCACUGUGCUCUCACUUUGGGACGCAGCUGCUUUGGAUGCAGCUGGUCAAGAUGGAGAAGUUGCUCCCACAUUUAUCAACUUGGCGGAUGCUUCCAUUAAGAUGAUUGAGACACUCCCUACACGAAAUCCCGAUGUUCAGCCCCUACAGAAUGUGCUGUCAAUAUCCACGGCAGGCAAGAAUCGAUACUUGUUCCAUUUCAACUCGCUGCAUUCUCUGACCCAGUGGACGGCCGGCAUCAGACUCGCAAUGUUUGAACAUUCCUCGCUCCAGGAACUGUACACGGGCUCCCUAAUUGCGGGUAAAGGAAAAUCCUUGAACAACAUCCGCACGAUCAUGGAACGGACAAAGUUCAAGGCGGAAGACUGGGCACGCGUUCGAUUUGGCGCCGGCACUCCAUGGAGGCGAUGCUGGUGUGUGAUAGAACCUCCCGAUGAGAAAGAAUGGCAAAGGUCGAACAAGUCUCUGAAGAAGAAAUCAGUGUAUGACCGACCCGCCCUGCCCAAGGGGGUUAUCAAAUUCUAUGACACCAAGAAAACCAAAAAGGCUCUGCCUAUCGCGACCAUAACCGAUGCGUACUCGGCAUACGCCAUCUAUCCCCAGUCGAAACCGUUGAUCGACCAGUCUACUUUGGUCAAAGUCGAAGGUCGCAUUACGAUACACUCAAAACCAGAAUCCAGGACCGAAGGCUUUGUUUUCGUGAUGCCCGAGGUACAUCCCGCAGUCUCGGGCUUUGAAAUGAUGCUUCGUUGGCUUUUUCCAGUAUACGACAUCUUCCACCUCUACGGCCGUCCUCAGCGAUUGAUCGCCGAUACAUGGGACACCCGGGGCCUCAUGUUUGCGAUGCCGCGCGACCGGAGAUAUGGCUAUUUGGACAUCAUUGACGUUGCAGCGCUAAUCCACUCUCAAGGGAGUGAGAAAUGGAGCGAACGCGAAUGGCGUAGACAAUUGAAGGAGGCAACCUCCAAGCGAAUGUCAAUGACCGCGCAAGGACGUUUGAGCAGCAACUUGGAAAACAGGCGACAAAACCGAGUGUUUUCGGAAUCGAGGCAAGGUGUGCAGUACGACGAUGCUGAAUCAGUCCGUUCAUCGCCGCCUUCUCGACACCAGCACAACCAAUCAACCGAUGCAGUGUUUGCUUCCCCCAAGAAAUCUGCAACGGCUCCAGCGAACAUCGCGUAUCUUUCGCCUGGGCAAAACCACCAUUCGAGGUCUGUAUCAGAAUCUGUUGCCUACAUGUCACCGACCCAGAAUCGUCGCCAGCAUGAAAACUACAACCCAUCCAGGUUGUCCGCUGAAUAUACCGAUAUGGAGCCUAUUCAGCCUCCGCCGGCACCUCCAGCUCAUCGAAAUCCAUUCAAGAACAACGUCAUACAUAGUGAAGCCGAAACAUCAGACAGCCGGUACAGCUCGGAUAGCGACGGUCAAGGGCCGCGUACUCAGCCGGAAGAUAUCCAAGAAGAUGUGAGGGAAGCAACACCACCUGCGCCGGUGGUGGCUCCUCCAGAUAUGCAGCACCAACACAGCGACGUCCCACAGAGGCGACCCGACGCCCGACCGGACUUGAGACGUGAGAAAAGUCGCAUGUCAAAUGGAACAUUGUCUCAGAUUGUCGAUGUGAAUAAACUCGCGAGUGGUGGGGCGGCGGGGCAUGCAGCGUUGGUGGCGUGGAAUAAUGGCCGACAAGGCGAGAAUCAGGGGCUACGAGGGGUAAAUGAGACCCCUCGCGACGAAGAAAUAUCUGCUAAUCAACUCGUGUCUCAAGAAGUGGUAGCAGAAGGUGCUUAUAUGCAAAACCCUGCUGAUGUCAGACCAGAACAUCCCCGAGUCCCUACCGAGCAUUCAAUAGCUUCCAAACCGAUCCAUCGAAAGCCAGUCCCGACCCCGACCUCAACUUUGUUGGCGCCAUCAAACCGUGCUCAGUCGCCCGACAGCAUGUCUAAAUAUUCAGCUUCUAGCUACGAUAAGGCACCGAGCAGUUCACCAGACUAUGACAGCCUGCCCGAGGAUGACGACCGCCCUGUCUUCCACAGAAAGACCAGGACAGGCGUCUUGAAGACAGUUGGAGAUCCUCAGUUGUCUAGUGGCAUCCAAGACACGGCGAAAGUCGACAUACCUGUCGUUGACUUUGGCGUGACCUUCACACCAAGCUUGACUCCGGGACACAGCCGCCCUCCGACAGCUUCUGGAAUCACAGGGCGACAGUCACCAUUUGACCGGCCUCCAACAGCUCCCGCAACCCCUCUGACCAGAUCUCCCCAAGAUGAGCGAGUCUCGCCGGCCAACUCAACACCUGGUGACGAGCAAAGGUCGCCUUUGGCCGAGAGGAACAGCCCCAAGGGAAAUCAUUCCCGGUCUUCGAGCUAUGCUUGGCAUCCUGGAACGACUCUGGCGAGGCACAACUCUAUGGGGGGCUUAACGGCUGAGGAGUUCGUCCAACAACGCGCUGUCGCUGCGAGAGCGCCACAGGGUUAUGUGCCUCAUCGCAGCGUUUCUUACAGCAAGGUUGAGCAGUCACCAAACAAACUGCAGAAAAAAAGAGAUUCGAUGCUCCGAUCAAGCUCGAGACAUUCAUUGUUGAUCGAUCCAUCAUCACAUCUGUCGGCCAGAGAGCAGGAACAUGUUGCGAAGAUGACAGGCGGUCCACUGAUCCAAGUGAUUGACAGAAGCAAGACGCCAGACCCGUCAGUCGGACUGAUCGGGGCGAUCGAAGCACGCGAGCAGGAAAAGAGAAACAUCAAGGAAGGCGUCGCUGGUCACAUGGUUCAAGAGGCCAUCGCGCAAAGGCAGGCGGCGGAGCGCACCUACGGAAUGCAACAAUACCCCGGUUACAACUCGCCUAUCGACGUCAGACAAAGUGGGCAAUGGAUCAAUGCUCAAACGCCUGCGUACUGGGGUGGUUCCAUGCCGCAACAGCCACCGCAAGCUUGGUCGAAUCAGCCAGCCUGGCAAUACCAACAACAGGCCCAGGCACAGCAGAUGCAACAGAUGCAACAUCAGCAGCCUAAUCAGAUGUAUCAAGCGAGAUUCAGUGGCUAUUAUGUGCCACCUAGUGGCCAGGGUUCUCGGUAGAGAGUCAUUGAAGGGGAUUCAUGGGUGACUUUUGCAUUGCAAGCGAGCGAGCGGUUCUGGCAUCGACGGGCGUUGGGGAAAACACCUUGCACAGGGCAUUUAUCCGGGGUUGCAUAGAAUGAUAAGAAAGUCCCCAGGUAUAGGAGCUCCUUCCUCAAAUGGCCAAGGACAAGCUAGAGGCAGGUUGGAGAGUAAUGAUAAUGAUUCCUGCAUUGGCUGCGACCAGCACAAUCCCACGGACGCCGCCCCGGAUCUGGACAAGCGAAAGGCAUUAAGCGAGGAACGGGGUCUCGCUGCGUGCGCAUGCGUCUGCAUGAUCCCCCAAGUCCUCUGCAUCCAAAUUCUAGGGGGCUGGAGAGUUUGGAGGCUCGAGAAAAUUCACCUGAGAGAUAAAGCACGUGGCAGUCGGUGUAGGUACAGUAGCUCUGGCUGGAUUGAGGAAAGCGAGGGGAAGCACCACUCGGCGACCAGGGAGGGACGCCUAGCCAGUGGCUCCUAGGGGCCGAAUAACUGGCCCAGUGGCCUCGAGGG